GAGUUUCCUGCCUCCACCUUGUCUUCAGUCCACGCACGCGAACAUUUAUUUUCAUCACUUGGACCUCCUGGUUACUGCACAUCAUGAGUCAAAGAAAGAGCGCAAAAAGUCCACCCAAAGAAAAUGACACUGUCAUGGAGGAAAGCAAGAUUGCUGCCUUGCAGCAGUACCAGGACACCGAAGGACAUUUCUCUUUAGUGAGAAAUUUUCGUCUUGCAGACCUCGUCACAAUCAUGAAUGGAGUUUGCGGCUCCCUGUCUAUAUUUAUGUCCGCUAAGUAUCUCGCCACAAAUGACCAGGACUAUCUAUGGUUCGCACUGGUACUCCCAUUCGGAGGACUCAUGUUCGACUUCAUGGAUGGCAAGAUUGCACGUUGGAGAAACGAGAGUAGCAUGCUAGGACAAGAGCUGGAUAGUUUGGCUGACCUGAUAUCGUUCGGUGUCGCACCCUCACUUCUCGCAUUUGUCGUAGGCCUACGAACAUACCUGGACACGGUGGUGUUGACGGGAAGCAUCUGUUGCGGAAUCGCUCGACUCGCUCGAUUCAACGCAACGGUAGCAUUGGUGCCUAAAGAUGGCAAGGGAAAGGCACAAUACUUUGAAGGUCUCCCCAUUCCAUCCUCACUAGGUCUCGUAUCAGUCUUGUUCUACUGGACAAAAAUGGGAUGGAUCGAGGGUCAAGCGGGGCUGCCAUGGGGUACAGUGACGCUCUGGGGACAGCCUGGCGGAUAUGGAGAUCUGCAUUUGGUUUCCAUCGCCUUUGGCCUCUGGGCCGCUGCAAUGGUCAGCAAGACUCUUAGGAUUCCAAAAUUUUGAGUGAGAGGGGAAACAGGAUGGCUCUACAGAGGGGACAUUACAGAUACCUCGACGUAAUGAACGGGUAGAAGGGAUUAACGGGCUUAGGGUGUUUGCGACGACUAGUUUACGAGAUCUACGACACAAAUAUACGCGACUCGCCCCUCUUGACUUCACGCUAGUUGAGUUGGAUGCUUU